GCACGGCACGCGUCGCAGCUCGCGGGAAAAAAAAUCCCCGGCACGAGCUCUUCGCCUCCGGAUACCGCAUUCCUCUCGUUUUCCUCGGAACAAACGCGAAGAUCGCGUUGUCUAAACUAAUCUGUGAUUUGAGAGAGGGAGAGAGAGAGUCUCCAACCGGUCGUAUUGGACUGUCUCGUGUCUGUCCUAAAGUCUCACAUCGAGACCAGAUUUUUCUUUGUGCUUUUUUUUUUUUUCUCAUCAUCUUUCGUGUUGGAAUGAACUCGCUCAGACGCUCGGCUUUGGCUUUGGAUGGGUGAUUUCGCGUCUCUCCUUCACCAGGUACACGAGUAACGAUUCGGCGUGAUGCGCUACAGUUCUCUCAAACAGUCUUCCAGCGACUGAGCCGCGGGUGGCGCACCGGUUUGGGGCAGAGAGAGCUGACGGCCUGAGGAGGGGAAGAUGACAGCUUUAAUCCCGGCGCUGCUCCUUCUCGCCGGCGUCUCUCUGACGUUGACUCUGAAGGUGGUAUCGAAGAGAGGUUCAGUUGAUGGCUGUACGGACUGGUCAGUGGACUACCUGAAGUACCGGGUGCUGCACGGAGAACCGGUGCGGAUCAAGUGCGCUCUGUUUUACGGCUAUAUCCGGGCGAACUACUCGCAGGCGCAGAGCUCAGGCCUCAGUCUGAUGUGGUACCGCAGCUCAGGGCUCGGCCACGGAGACUUCGAGGAGCCCAUCUCAUUCAAUGGCCUGCGCAUGAGCAAAGAGGAGGACGCCAUCUGGUUCAGACCUGCCGAACUGCAGGACGCCGGCCUCUACUCCUGCGUGCUGAGGAACUCGACGUUCUGCAUGAAGGUGUCCAUGACUCUGAUGGUGGCCGAUAAUGACACAGCGGUCUGUUAUAACUCCAAACUGCGCUACGCCGAGAAAGCCGAGCUGGGCAAGAGCAAGGACAUUUCCUGCCCUGAUAUCCAGGACUUUGUCCAGCCUGGCCAGGAGCCACAGAUAACGUGGUACAAGGAAUGCAGUGAGUGGCAGUGGAGGCCAAGUAUACUGCAGUCUGGAGACACUCUUUCCAUCCAAGAAGUGACAGAGGAUGACAUCGGGAACUACACCUGCGAGGUGCCCUUCGCGGGCUUCCUCGUGCGCCGAACGACUUACCUGAGUGUGACAGCUCCUUUGACUGAAGAUCCUCCAAAGAUCCUCUUCCCUUCUGAAAACAAACUCCUCAACUUAGACAUGCAGAUAGGAGCUUCGGUCAAUUUGACGUGCCGUGCAUUCUUCGGCUACAGCGGCGAUGUCAGCCCACUCGUCUACUGGAUGAAGGGAGAGAAAUUCAUCGAGGACAUGGACCAGAGCCGCAUCCGAGAGAGCGAUAUUAGGACCAUCAGAGAGCACCUGGGAGAACAGGAAAUGUCCAUCACUUUGACAAUAGAUUCAUUAGAAGAAGGAGAUCUGGGCAAUUACUCUUGUUAUGCUGAGAAUGGGAACGGAAGACGACAAGCCAGCAUACAGAUCAGCAAACGAGUCGAGCUGAUGUAUACAAUGGAGCUGGCUGGAGGAUUAGGAGCCAUUUUGCUGCUGCUUGUUCUGCUGCUUUCUCUGUAUAAAUGCUACAGGAUCGAGUUGCUGCUCUGCUACAGACAUCAUUUCGGAGGGGAGGACUCAGAUGGAGGUCAUAAGGAGUAUGAUGCGUACCUGUCCUACAGUAAAGUGGAGAUGGAUCAGUGGGGGCAGGAGCUUCAGGACGAGGAACGUUUCGCUCUGGAGAUCCUUCCUGAUGUUCUGGAGAAACACUACGGCUACAAACUCUUCAUCCCAGACAGAGAUCUCAUCCCCACCAGCAGUCUCAGCAGUGAACAUUACCAGGAUGAGACACAACUUGUUAGAGCAUAUAUUGAGGAUGUGGCUCGCUGUGUGGAGAUGAGCAAGCGUCUGAUCAUCGUGUUGACCCCUGGCUACGUGCUGCGUCGUGGCUGGAGCAUAUUCGAGAUGGAAUCACGCCUUCGCAGCUCUCUAGUGUCAGGUGAGAUCAAGGUGAUCCUGAUCGAAUGUGCUGAGCUACGUGGUGUCAUCAACUACCAAGAGGUAGAGGAGCUGAAGCAAUCAAUCAAAUCUCUGACCGUGGUGCGCUGGAGUGGCCCACGAAGCAACAAGCCCGGCUCACGAUUCUGGAAGCAGCUGCGUUAUGCCAUGCCAUGCCGCCGGCCACAGCCCAGUCUCAGGACCCCUGCAGUGGAUGCAGGAGAGCCAAACCCCUUCGCUCACCUCCACACCGUGUCUGCGAUCUCAGUGGCCACCGCAGCAUCGACAGCAGCAGCUCCAGCCCGUCCAGAGCUUCGGGCCGCCCUGCGCAGCUCGUACCGGGCGCACUCACUGGCCAGGCAGAAACACGCCCACUUCCGCAGCUACGAGUACGAGCUGCCGCUGGCAGCGGGAGCCACUCUGCCAGCACAACCCACCUACUGCAACCUGCCGCUUACGCUGCUUAACGGCCAGUGGCCCACCGCCAAGCGCCAGCACAGCCUGGAUGAGCCACACGCCAACAACAAUGCCAUGUUGCCGUUGCUGCCCCGUGAAACUAGCAUCUCCAGUGUCAUCUGGUGAUGGAGAGGCAGCAACGAUUAUUUGACUUCUGUAGACAGGCCAGGCUGGGACAAAACCUCUUAAGCUCAUAGGGAUGUAGAAACGUCUGGUCAAACAUAGAUAUAUACGGAACAGCCUCUGCUCCAAUCAAGCACUAUGGGUUUUUUUUUUCCGUGUGCGGCUUUUGGUCCACUGGAUUUGCUGAUUUUAUACUGAGGCUACCCUGGAAGUAAAGCUCCGCAUUAAGGGAUUAAUUAGUGCCAUAUCAACUAAGUGGGGAGUCUAUGAGUGAACUGAGACAUGCAGCCACACCACACGAACGGAAACAGGGUCCUGCACAGACGUCUGCAGUUUACGAAUAGCAUCACCAUCUCCCGAUCUCCGUACACUUUGUGUCAUCACACUGCCUUUGUUUUUGGUUUUUUUUUUGGUUGUUUUUCUGUUGCCAAAAGAUAUAUCAAUACUUUCACUUUGUUUAAUUGAUGAUCUUUAUACUGUAUUACUAGACUUGCAGUUGAUUUUGUUUUUUUACUUUCAGUUUGGAACAGUGUGAGCCAUUUGGAAAUUAGGGCUUGGCUAAAUGAAAUGUUUACCCUUUUCUUUUCACUAAGAGUUUGCUCUACAUGUUGAUCCAAGUGUCCAGUUUCUGUUAGCUUCUGUAUGAUGUGUAUUUAUGAGUUUAAUUGGACAAUUUGUAAGAGGAAAAAAAAAAUCACAGAGAAUUAUGCAAGGAGUGGAGCCCAUCCUCAAAUAAUAAAGGGUAUUUUAAGAAACAAGAAAUCUAUUUUUAUAAGUGGAAAGCUGUUUCUCUCUAUAUAUAAAACAGCAUCACCAGGACAACGGGGUAAAAGACUUGUGCAUUUUGGGUAUUUUAUAAAUUUUGCUACAUUGUUUUUUGUUUGUACAACCUACAAUAAAAUAACUUGAUGUCCUCGAAUUAAUUUAGGAAACAAUAGUAUACUGCAUUUCCUAUAGUUGGGUAAAACCUAAUGAAAUACAAGUUUUUCUUUUUCUUUUUUGAAUAACUCUUAAAGUCAAGUUUUAAAGGACUUCAAAUCCUGUGUAAAAUCCAUAUGCAUAGAGGAUUGAUAUGUAUUAUGAUUUGGAUAUUUAUAUUACUAUGUAUUAUAAAACACUACAGCCACUGAAAUGAAGUGUUUAUAUUUCUAAAGGCACAAUCAUUCUUGUUUCCAUUUUGUUUGUCACUGUGCAUUA